ACCAUCAUUUUCUUUACCCUUUCCCCGAAUAAAUAUCGCCGCAAAUAUCGGGUGUGCGUAGUUCUUGUUUAAAGGAUGGAAAAAGGACUACCAGCAGUAGUUUGUUUCUAAUGAAAGAGCAACGUAAUAGACACCUCAGAAACCAACCACAGCCAUAAAAAUCAUAGCCCAGGAAGAUGAUGUUGCAGGCAGACUGUCCAUUGCUGACCCAAGUUGAUUAUAGCCCAAGCCUUGGAAUCUAAUCCUUCCACUUGAAAGAAACACAAUGGAUGAUGAUAUUUUCUCUUGGCUUCGAUAGUUAACAUUAACAACAGUAGCUGAUAUUCUCCAAAAGAACACCGAUAAUGGCUUCUUUGUUGGCAAAAUCAGCAUUACUGAAAAGAGGCAAAGAUGAAGUGUAUGUAGCAGCAGUGCCUUUAAGAGCUACAAAAGGAGCAGCCCGGCUGGUUAUGUCUGCUGCUUAUUCUCUCAACCUUUGGAAUUUGCAGCAUUUCAUGGUCAUCAUCAAACCUCCUUCCCAUUCUCAGGCCUUUCUAGUUUUUGAUUUUCAACCUAAAGAUCCUGAAAAUAUAUAUACAGCACUCGCAGUUCUAUCUGGCAGACCAGUGCCCGGAACUGUUCUUGUGAGAAAAGUAACAAAACUGCCAAGAAGCAAAUGCUGGUUCGUUGGAUCCUCCAAACAGGAUGAUGCUACAGAUGUUGCAACUAGAUUCAACAGUAGCUGGGACACCAGUUUGAAAGUCGGCCGUCAUGAUUGUCGUGAUUAUACAAAUGGAUUGGUGGAGCUUCUGACUGGUGAAGAACAUGUGUUAGAGCGGUUGAGAAGCACCGAUUGUCAGAGUCUAAGCAUCAACUGAAGGCUGCAUGAACAUGUGUUCUCACUCAAAGCACUGUGUGUGAACUACAAUAUCUUGGUCCAGGAGAAUCCUGCGCCAUUGUGCUGAAUUUAGUUUUUUUCUUCUCUUUACCAGGGUACGAAAUCCGAGCUUGCCAAGCUUAAACUUGAUUUGUUUUCAUUAGGAAUUGAUACUAUUACUAGGUCUGUGUUUAGAUUCUGUACAUGAAAGUUCUAAGUUCUUGCUUCUCUGAUGUAUACAUGAGUUGAAAGUUUUCAACUGAUUCAUAAUGCUCAAUGAAGUAGAAGUGGAAAAGCAGGGCAUUUACCCAUUAUAACAAUCUAGAUGCUAUUAAACUGUCAAUUUCUGAACUGGAAGUCCCAGGAGAAGUCCUAAAUUGUGCAAGUCCUAUUAUCAAUAUAGCUUUCGCUAUUCUUAGUUCUAA